GUUAGCUAUUUCAGUUAGUCUGUGCCGAUUGCCGUAUUAACUUCGGCUAGGCGCACCGUAAACUCGUGAUAAGCCCCCGCCUUUCUCUUGCAGUGCCACUCCUUGGCACAGAACCAGCAACGCGUCUAUCAAAGGCUUGUUUAGCAACGCAAUCACAAACAGAAAUCGCAAAGUGUUUGCGUUGUUGCGCCGAGAUAAAAAGCCCCACAGAUUAUAUACCCUGGCCUCCAACUACGUCUGUGUGUGUAGAUAACGACGCGAGGGCUCCACCAUGGGCGAUAUGUUUCGCAGCGAGAAGAUGGCCCUGUGCCAGUUGUAUGUGCAGCCGGAGGCUGCCUACGCCUCGAUAGCUGAGCUGGGCGAGAGGGGCUGUGUCCAGUUUCGCGACCUCAACGACCAGGUCAAUUCGUUUCAGCGCAAAUAUGUGAACGAAGUGCGGCGCUGCGACGAGAUGGAGCGUCGCGUGCGCUACAUAGAAAGUCAGUUGCGCAAGGAUGAUAUCAAGAUGCCACAGCUCAACGCUGACCAGGAGCCAUCGGCGCCCAACCCGCGCGAGAUCAUCGAUCUGGAGGCGCAGCUGGAGAAGACGGAGAACGAGCUGCAUGACAUGUCGGAUAACAGCGCCAGCCUGAAUGCCAACUUCAGGCACAUGCAGGAGCUGAAGAGUGUGCUGGAGAACACCGAGGGCUUCUUUUCCAACCAGGAAGUCAUCAAUUUGGACUCCAAUCGACAGAUGGACCCCGAAGAUCCCAAGGCGCCACAGGCGGCAGCUCAACGCGGCCAACUGGCCUUUGUGGCCGGCGUCAUCAAGCUGGAGCGUUUCUUCAGUUUCGAGCGCAUGCUGUGGCGCAUCUCGCGCGGCAACAUCUUCCUGAGGCGCAACGAUAUCAGCGGGCUGUGCGAGGACGACGAGACGGGUCGCAAAGUGCUGAAGACCGUUUUUGUGGCCUUCUUUCAGGGCGAGCAGCUCAAGCAGCGCAUCAAGAAGGUCUGCACGGGCUACCAUGCCGACGUUUAUCCCUGUCCCAGUGCGGCUAACGAGCGUGCCGAUAUGAUCAAGGAUGUGAAUAUGAGACUCGAGGACUUGAAGAUGGUGCUCAAUCAGAGUGCCGAUCACCGCAGUCGCGUGCUGAGCACCGCGGCCAAGCACUUGGCUCGCUGGACUGUCAUGGUCAAGAAAAUGAAAGCCAUCUAUCACAUACUCAACUACUUCAACCCGGACGUAACUGGCAAGUGCUUGAUUGGCGAGGGCUGGGUGCCCGUCCGGGACUUGCCGACUGUGCAGCAGGCGCUGUCCCACGGCUCCAAGAUCUCGGAGUCCAGCAUACCAGCCUUUAUGAACGUCAUCUCCACCAACGAGCAGCCGCCCACGUUUACGCGCACGAACAAGUUCACGAACGGCUUCCAGAACCUAAUCGACUCCUAUGGCAUGGCCUCGUAUCGGGAGGUGAACCCGGCCCUUUACACAUGCAUCACAUUUCCGUUCCUGUUCGCCGUGAUGUUCGGCGACAUGGGACAUGCCGUCGUCUUGGUAGCCUUUGCCGCCUUUCUGAUCAUCAAGGAACGCCAAUUGGCCUCCAUAAAAGAGGAGAUAUUCACGAUAUUCUUUGGCGGUCGCUAUAUCAUACUGCUGAUGGGCAUCUUCUCUCUUUAUACCGGCCUGGUCUACAAUGAUCUGUUCUCCAAGUCAAUGAAUAUCUUUGGAUCUGGCUGGCACAAUCAGUAUAACACCUCCACAGUCACCGAUCAUAGCAUCGCCUACUUGACGCUGAGACCGAAUAUUAGCAACUUCAAGACCUAUCCACUUGGCCUGGAUCCCGUUUGGCAGCUAGCCGACAAUAAGAUCAUCUUCUUGAACACCUUCAAGAUGAAGCUCUCCAUUAUCUUUGGCGUUUUCCACAUGAUCUUUGGCGUCUGCAUGUCGGUUGUGAAUUUCGUGCAUUACAAGAAGUACGCCAGCAUCAUUCUGGAGUUCGUGCCACAGGUUCUGUUCCUGCUGCUGCUGUUCGGCUACAUGGUCUUCAUGAUGUUCUUCAAGUGGGUCACCUAUAAUGACAGCAGCUUGGACCAGUCUCUGUCGCCCGGCUGUGCACCCUCCAUACUUAUAUUGUUCAUCAACAUGAUGCUCAUGGGACAUCAGGAGCCGCUAGAUGGCUGCAAGGAGUACAUGUUCGAGGGUCAGGAUACGAUACAAACGAUCUUCGUAAUCGUGGCCGUCAUCUGCAUACCCUGGAUGCUGCUGGGCAAGCCGCUCUACAUCAAGGCCAAGCGCGGAAAGCAAUUGCCAGCGCCCAAUCAAACAGCUGCUGCGCCCUCAGGCGGCCAUGGCCAUGGCGGCGACAAUGAGCCCAUGAGCGAGGUGUACAUACAGCAGGCCAUACACACCAUUGAGUACGUGCUCAGCACGAUCUCUCACACGGCCUCCUACCUGCGACUGUGGGCCUUGUCCCUGGCGCAUGCACAACUCUCUGAGGUGCUGUGGGACAUGGUGUUCUCCAAUGGUUUCAUCUUUUCCAGCUAUGUAGGCUGCAUAGCCGUUUUCCUGACCUUCGGCGCCUGGUCAGUGCUCACCGUGGGCAUUCUGGUGCUCAUCGAGGGUCUCUCGGCCUUCUUGCACACGUUGCGCUUGCAUUGGGUCGAGUUCAUGAGCAAGUUCUAUGAGGGCGCCGGCUAUGCCUUUGCGCCGUUCUGCUUUAAGCAAAUACUGGAAGACGAUGGCGAGAACUAGGGCGCGGGACGCACUAUCAAAUCGGGUUGUCAAAGCAUUUGCAAAUUUUGUUGCCUUUCUGUGUGUUUUCGGGACAAGAAUAAAUUCGUUUUUCAUAUGCA